AUGGAGGCCCGCGACUUCGCAACGGCGAAGACACCAGGACAGGAUGGACGGGGCGAGGAGGCUUCCCAGGACCACGACUACACCGAGAACUCAUCGACCCUGGACGAGAAGGACUCACUGGAGAUCGCCGCACCGCCCAUGGAAACAAGGACGCCGGCGUCUCGCCGGUCCCGGUCCCGGUCCCGGUCCCGGUCCCGGUCCCGGAGCCGCGCAACGGGCAGACGGUCCGGCUCUCGCGUGUCGAGAGCAGCCGCCGCCAACGCCCACGACGACGACGACGGUGAUAGGUCGUCCCUCUACACCAACAACACCGACCCCCUCUCGCCGCUGGAGAACGCCCUGUCCCGGCCGGACCACGACGCAGACUACCAGGAGCACGUGUCGCGCGUGCGGAGCGGCGCGACCAACGCCACCGGCACGAGCGCGUGGUCGCGCCCGCCGGACUUGGAGGUGUCCUUCGACGCCGACCGCAGGGACCCGCUCAACCCGCGCGAGUGGUCCGCCUGGUACCAGGGGUGGGUGAUCUUCGCGGUGAGCUUCUCGACGUGGGUGGUGGUGCUCUACUCGACGUCGUACACGGCGACGCUGCCCGGGCUGAUGUCCGAGUUCGGGGAGCGCGACGCCACCGUCGUGACCCUGGGCGUGACGACGUACCUGCUGGGGCUGGCGUGCGGGAGCCUGGUGGUGGCGCCGAUGAGCGAGCUGUUUGGGCGGCGGCCGGUCUACCUGGUGUGCAUGGCCGUGUCGGCGCUGCUGGUGCUGCCGUGCGCGCUGGCGACGUCGCUGGCCGAGAUCAUCGUGGUGAGGUUCUUCGGGGCCGUCUUUGGUGCUGUCAUGAUCUGCAACGGCGCGGGGACCAUCGCCGACAUCUCGACCGAGGAGAACCGCGCCCGGUACAUGUCCUGGUGGAGCAUCGCCCCCCUGAACGGGCCGGUCACGGGCCCGCUGAUCGGGGGCUACGUCGCGCAGUACCUGGGCUGGCGGUGGGACAACUGGAUCGUGCUGAUCCUCGCGGGGGCGGCGGUGCUCACCAUGGCCACCGUGCAGGAGACGUACGUGCCGCAGAUCCUGAAGCAGAAGGCCGCGAAGCGCAGGAGGGAGGAGGGGGACGAGAGGUACUGGUGCCAGUACGACUCUAAGAAGUCGACGGCCGCGCUGAUGAAGGUCAACCUGAGCCGGCCUUUCGUGCUGAGUUUCACGGAGCCGAUACUGUGGUUCUUCAACCUGUGGAUUAGUGUCAUAUACGGGAUCCUGUAUCUGUGUUUCGUGGCAUACCCCAUCGUGUUCCAGCAGCAGCGAGGCUGGGGCCCUGGGCAGACAGGCCUGUCCUUCAUCGGCAUCGGGAUCGGGACGCUCAUCGCGAUAUUCCUCGAGCCGCUCUGGCGGAAGAUCAUCAACUCGCACGACAAGGACCCGGAGACGGGCCGCGUGCCCCCCGAGGCGUCCGCAAGCAUCAUGUGUAUCGGCGCGGUCCUGACCCCGAUUGGCCAGCUGGUGUUCUCCUGGACCUGCGUCCCGACGACCAUCCACUAUGCCAUCCCCAUCGCCUUUGGCAUACCCUUUGGAUGUGGAAACACCCUCUGCUUCAUCUACGGCUCCAACUACCUCGCAGGCGCCUACGGCUACUUCGCCGCCUCCGCCCUCGCGGGUAAUGCUGUUAUGCGCAGCAUCUUCGGCGCCACCCUCCCCCUGGCCGGCGCCCGCAUGUACGAGGUCAUGACCCCGCGCUGGGCGGGGACCUUCCUCGGCCUGCUCGAGGUCGCCCUCAUCCCCAUCCCCUGGAUCUUCUACCGGCGCGGCGAGCGGAUACGAGCCAAGAGCCCCGUCAUCAGGCAGAUGCGCGACGAGCAGGCCAAGAACGACAGGAAGCGCGCCAGGGUCGCGGCUAAGAACCUCCAGAACCAGCAGGGGCAACAGGGGGCGGCAGUUGUGGUCACUCCUGAGGCGGUUGUUGGCGGCGGGGUGGAUGGUGGAGCGGCUGGGGCAGUGCCGACGGCUGCGGAUGGGGGGACUACUGCGGUGGCUGUGGAUGCGGAUGUUGAGAAGGGGGUUUGA